AUCUGUGUCAUCUUUCUCUUGUGCUGUUUCUCUCCCUUCCCCUUCCCUCAGUCCCUCCCUGUCCGUUUGAUAUUUCUGGCUUCAUUUUCCUUCAUUUUCUUCCGUACUCGUCGGGGCAGUGUAAAGAAAAUCAAUCAAGCAUCAAUAGAAAAGAAAACCACUAGUAGAGUCUAAGUUUAUCAGAGAAGAGAGAGAGGUUCUGAGCCAGCGGGCAAUGCUGGAUUGGACUAGAACUUAGUCAAAGCCGACCAAAGAGGGGAGAGUAUAUGGGUGGUGGAACGACUCUGGUGGACGGGAUUCGUCGCCUUUUUCAACGUCGACCUUCUUCUGCAAUCAAGUCCUCUGAUGAAGAGCCUAGUCACAUUCAUAACUAUCACAAUGCCGAUCGUAUUGCUAGCGGCAACCAUAACCACAAGUUCGUGAGAAAUUUGCGCGCUCAAUUAGCCACUCUUCCCAAACAGGAGAGAGAGGAAGGCGAGGGGGCUGAGGACGGGCUCACGAUUGAGGACGAUUUUGAUAUCUCUGGCUUGAGGCGUAUCAAGGUUCCCACACGAGCGUACUUCAAAGUUGCUUCCAUGGAUCCUUCAAAAAAGGGCACACCAGAAACAGAGUUCUUCACUGAGUACGGAGAGGCAAGUCGAUAUCAGGUCCAAGAAGUUAUAGGAAAAGGAAGUUAUGGUGUCGUAGGUUCUGCAAUUGAUACUCAUACCGGGGAAAGAGUUGCAAUUAAGAAAAUUAAUGAUGUAUUUGAGCAUGUCUCUGAUGCCACAAGGAUCCUGAGAGAAAUUAAACUCCUUCGGUUGCUCCGACAUUCUGAUAUAGUAGAAAUCAAGCAUAUAAUGCUUCCUCCUUCACGGCGAGAGUUCAAAGAUAUCUACGUUGUGUUUGAGUUGAUGGAAUCUGACCUUCAUCAAGUACUCAAGGCUAAUGAUGAUCUUACACCUGAGCACCAUCAAUUUUUCUUGUACCAACUUCUUCGGGGCUUGAAGUAUAUACAUUCUGCAAAUGUGUUUCAUCGUGACUUAAAGCCCAAAAAUAUUCUUGCUAACGCUGACUGCAAACUAAAAAUAUGUGAUUUUGGGCUUGCUCGAGUUUCCUUUAAUGAGGCACCUUCUGCUAUAUUCUGGACUGACUAUGUUGCAACUCGAUGGUAUCGUGCACCAGAAUUAUGCGGUUCUUUUUUCUCAAAAUAUACCCCUGCAAUUGAUAUUUGGAGCAUCGGAUGCAUUUUUGCGGAAAUGCUCUCUGGGAAGCCAUUGUUUCCUGGUAAAAAUGUGGUGCACCAAUUGGAUCUCAUGACUGAUUUACUUGGUACUCCUCCUGCUGAAACCAUUUCGAGGAUUCGUAAUGAGAAGGCUAGAAGGUACCUCAGUAACAUGCGGAAAAAGCAGCCAGUUCCACUUUCUCAAAAGUUCCCUCAUGCAGAUCCAUUGGCCCUUCGUCUACUGGAGCGCCUGCUUGCAUUUGAUCCUAAAGAUCGUCCUACAGCUGAAGAGGCAUUAAGUGAUCCUUACUUUCGUGGUUUGGCAAAUGCUGAGCGUGAACCAGUAUCUCCUCAACCGAUUUCAAAACUUGAGUUUGAGUUUGAGAGAAGAAAAUUGACUAAAGAUGAUGUUAGAGAGUUGAUUUAUCGAGAGAUUCUAGAGUAUCAUCCUCAAAUGCUUCAGGAGUAUCUGCGAGGUGGAGAUCAGACCAGCUUCAUGUAUCCCAGUGGGGUUGAUCGCUUCAAGCGACAGUUUGCACAUCUUGAGGAGCACUAUGGAAAAGGUGAACGAAGCACUCCUUUGCAAAGACAGCAUGCCUCCUUGCCCAGAGAACGAGUACCUGUUCCCAAGGAUGAAGCUGGUCAAAACAGCGACUUAGAAGGGCGAACUGCUGCAGCUGUUGCAACAACGCUUCACAGUCCUGAUGGGACUGAAGCUGCACAAAAUGGACCAAACCAAGGUACACGCAGCCUGUUGAAGAGUGCCAGCAUCAGUGGCUCCAAGUGUGUUGGUGUGAAACCAAAUAAAAAUAUAGAGGGGGAGACUAUUGAAGAGAUGAAUGAUGAGGAAGUGGAUGGGUUGUCAGAGAAGCUUGAUGCCGUUCAUGCUUAGAGCCAGACUGUUUCUUUAUUUUGAAACUACCUCUGUAAAGGUGCAUUAAUUAUAUGCCACCACUCUGAAAAUAGAAGAAGAAUUUUGUGUAUAGUUGUUUGAAGUUUUGUUUUAAAAUAUUUCACGACUUUUUGCCUGUCUAGUGCCUAAUUCUAGGACUUCAUUGUAAACAUCUUGUGGUUGGCUAUCUAUGUUUUUAUGGAAAAGUAGUUUAUACUAUAUUUCAAUUAUCAAUUAUCAUUAUUACUAAAUAUCA